CUGAUUUGUCUAUGACGCGGUCUUUGACUGCUACCUUAUCGGAUUGUGGCGACCUUAUGACCCCGAUGGUGUCUUAACAGCUGUCACAGAUCGUACGGUCUCACACCUGAACUGGUCGCUGUCCUGCAUUAUCUAACUACAGAAUGGGUGUCGGUAAAAACAUCAUUUGUCUCUUCCUUGGUCUAAUCUGCCAUCACAGCUUUGCCCAAGUAACUAAUGUGACAUUAGUGGGCCCUACCGCUGGACAAGGGUUGGUCCAGCUCAUGAAGGACGGAUUAUGGGGAACAAUUUGUGAUGACCAGUUUGACAACCAAGACGCCGAAGUCGUUUGCAGACUCGCCUACCCCAAAGGUGAUGUAGCUAUCGCCACAGUUGAGGGUGUUUUCGGUAACGGGACGGGUAAGAUAUUCUAUGACGAAUUGCAAUGUACUGGAUCGGAAACGUCCCUCGAAAAUUGUCGUGCGGACUCUUUCCACGACUGCUUUCAUUCGGAAGAUGCCGGAGUUAUUUGCGAUUCCAAGGCCGUUAAGAUGAGAUUGGUGAACGGUGCUGCUGACGGAAUGUCAGGUCGUCUCGAGGUCGAAUUAAACGGACAAUGGGGGACAGUUUGUGACGACGAAUUCACGUCCACAGCUGCUAAGAUUGCAUGCAGGGGGCUCGAUUUACCAUCAAUGAACGCGUACCUCUCAAGUUUCGGCCAAGGAACAGGUCAGAUAUGGUAUGAUGACGUGUUAUGUAUGGGUAACGAAGCCAAUCUGUUGGCUUGUAACAUGACAGCGAUUGGCAACAAUGACUGUGAUCACAGCGAAGACGUCGGCAUCGUGUGUACAGACAAGGCGCCGAUUGUCAAUGUGCGUCUAGUGAACGGACAAUCUGCGGACGAAGGACGUGUAGAGAUCCAGCUGAACGGCCAAUGGGGAACAGUUUGUGAUGAUUUGUGGGAUGAAGUUGAUGCCAAAGUCGUGUGUAACAUGCUAGGAUUUACCAAUGGGACAGCUAGGGGUGUCGGGAAUGCCUAUUUUGGAAACGGUAAUGGUUCCAUCUUGAUGGACGAUGUUGAAUGUACGGGAUCAGAGAAGAGUCUCGCCCAGUGUGUGUUCGGGGGAUUCGGUAAUCACGACUGUGAUCACUCUGAGGACGCAGGAGUCAUAUGUAACGGAGAUGCAUCAAACACCGUGCAAGUGCGUCUUGUUGGGGGCUCCAAUGAUCAAGAGGGGCGCGUGGAGGUGUUCCAUAACAACCGAUGGGGAAGCGUGUGUGACGACGAAUUCGACAAUCGUGAGGCCAAGGUCAUCUGUAACAUGCUGGGAUUCGGAAAUGGGACAGCCAUCGCACUGGGAGAUGCGUUUUUCGGUGAAGGUUCUGGUGUCAUACAGAUGGAUGAGCUCGCUUGCAGUGGCCGUGAGAGCAGUAUCGGGCUUUGUCGAUUUGACGGCUUCGGGAACAAUGAUUGUGAUCACAGCGAGGAUGCCAGUGUCAUAUGUAACGCCGGCUCCCAGAAUCUUACAGUUCGACUUGUAAACGGAAAGUCAUCCACAGAGGGAAGAGUGGAGGUCUUUUAUCACAACCAAUGGGGAACCGUGUGUGACGAUUAUUUCGGUAGAGAGGAAGCAAAGACAGUAUGCAGAAUGCUUGGCCUACCUACCGCUGAAGCUCAGGCGGUGAACGGUGGUUUCUUCGGAGAAGGAAUCGGUAGGAUAUGGUUAGACAACCUCCAUUGCACAGGCCUGGAAAAUUCCGUUGAAGGAUGUCGACACAACCCGUUCGGUGCCAACAACUGUGAUCACACUGAAGAUGCCGGGGUUCGAUGUGGAGGGACGAUGGAGAGUCCACUGAGAUUGGUUGGUGGAGUGGGACCAUUUGAAGGCCGUCUGGAAGUGUUCCACAACAACCAAUGGGGGACUGUAUGUGUAGAUGGUUUCGGUAAAGCAGAUGCUCAGGUUGUCUGUAACGUAUUAGGCUACCCGAGCGACAACCCAGUGGUCCAGGGAUCGCUGGCCUUUGGAGAAGGAACCGGAAAUGUAUGGCUUGGCAAUUUACAGUGCAAUGGAAGUGAGCCAUCGCUUGAUCUGUGUAUUCACGCACAGUGGGGAUCUUCCCGAUGUACUCACAGCAAAGACGUCGGUAUUGUAUGCAGAAACCACGGACUCGAGUGUUACCACUGUGACGGUCUCACUGAUCCAAAAUUAUGUAAGGAAACCCAGCAGUGCGCAGUCGGUGAGGCAUGUGAAGAAGCUUCCUAUAUCAUCAAUGGUGAAACCAGAGUGUCCAUGACCUGUCAAAGUCAACUUGUGUGUGACGCUUUAUCCCACGGAUCAGCGAUCGGAAAACGGUCAACUAGGCAAGCUAGUGGACAGGCCACAAACGUGCAAUGUUGUACAACGUCCCUCUGUAACAAGGACCUCAUAACCAUCGACAACCCUCACACAUCAACGGGUACCGGCCCAUGCGUAGAUAAGUCUGACUGCGCCACUCUUGACAACAUGAAGAUCUGUGAUAACCCACAAUCGGCCAAGUUAUUGUGUCCAAAACACUGUGGUAUCUGUACGUAAAUCGAAAGUUCAAUACAUAGGAAGUAACAGGAUUCAAAUCAAACAUUCAUCUAUAUAUUAUACCAUUAGAUUGUAGAUGUCAUUUUAAAAUAAACGUCCUCGAUGAUAUAAAGU